UGGAUUUUUUGUGUAACUUCUGGGUGUUUUUUUGCGUAAUUUCUCGGUCUUUCCGCUGUUUAAAUGCACGCCAGUCGCUGGCCAAUAUUAAACCGUACGUUACGACGAUGCUUCCAAACGACACACUCUGCACAACGUCGAGAAUUACCGAUCCGGCGCCUGCUGGGAUACGGGGUCGCCGGAAGCAUCGCGGUCGGACUUGCUUACGACGGGACGGUGACCGGAUUCGAAAACGUUUACGGGGCUCGAAGAUUUCUGCGAUCGUUCCUGAUUGGACUCAGCAUCACCAUCGAUUACGCUUGGAAUUUGCGUAACCUGCAAGAUGGUGAUGGUCGUUAUGAGACGGUACUACCGGAGAUUCAUCUACGAUCGGCGAAGAAACUCCUCGAAGGAUGCCUGGCCAACGGAGGACUAUACAUCAAAAUCGGUCAAGGUGUGGCUGCCGUUAAUCACAUCAUCCCGAAGGAGUACGUCGAUACGUUACGGCAGCUGGAAGAUCGAUGUCUCACCCGUGGCCCCAACGAGGUGCGCACGAUAUUCAUCGAGGAUUUCGGUGCUCCGCCGGAGAAGGUAUUCGAUAACUUCCACUACGAACCGAUUGCGGCGGCCAGCUUGGCGCAGGUGUUCCGUGCAGUCACCAAGGACGGUCAGCACGUGGCAGUGAAGGUGCAGUAUGCGGAUCUACGCAAGCGAUUCGACGGAGAUCUGCGUACGAUCAUGUUCCUCCAACGUCUGGUCGCGCUCAUCCAUAAGAAUUACAAUUUCGGAUGGAUUGUCGAGGAUCUACAAGGCUCGUUGCGUGAGGAGCUAGACUUUGUGCACGAAGGAAAGAACGCUGAACGAUGCGCCAAGGAUCUGCAGCAUUUCGAUGCCAUUUACGUCCCCAAGAUACACUGGGAGUUGACGAACGAACGCAUUCUUACCACGGAAUUCAUCGAUGGCUGCAAAAUCAGUGAUCGACGAUCGAUCGAAGCUUUACAGCUGAACGUAUCCGAGAUCGACCGGCACCUGUUUCAGGCGUUCGGAAGGCAAAUCUUCUCUACCGGGUUCGUGCAUGCUGACCCCCAUCCCGGUAACGUGUUUGUCCGAAGGAACCCAGAGAAGCCGCACAACGUGCAGUUGGUACUGCUAGAUCAUGGGCUCUACGAGCAUCUCGCGCCGGAUGUUCGGGAGAAUUUGUGUCGUUUUUGGGAGGCGAUAGUAUUACGCGAUCAUGAGGCCAUGAAGCGACACUCCAGUGCUUUGAAUGUGACCGAUUAUCGAACAUUUGCUGAAAUUUUACUGCAGCGCCCGCUGGAGCUGAAGGGAGGAGCCAAACUUUCCACACGCCUUACCGAUCAAGAUCUGGCGUACAUGACGAAACAGGCGAAGGAACACUUUGAUCGAGUAAUGGUCACACUGAAAAACAUGCCACGCAACUUAAUCUUAGUGAUACGCAACCUCAAUACGGUUCGUUCGAUCGCUCGCGAUCACGGUGAUCCGAUUGAUCGGCCGCGAAUCCUGGCACGCUGUGCACUCGCCGCGUUGUGCCCCUCCGGUCGUAACGUCUUUAACUUUCUCUGGGUCAGUUUCCGGAUGUUGCGUUUCGAGUACCUGCUCUGGCGUCAAUCAUUCCAUUACUGGAUCACGACCAACUAUCUAAGGCUGCUGACGAGAAUUGGCCGUUCGCCGGACACUUCGCACUUGCUAGAUAUUCAGUAUGACGUCUGACGUUCAUUAAGCUGUUAAUUGAUUCGAUUAUUGAUCGUAUUGACGAACCGAACGUGAAAGCUCAAGGAUGAGGUCUCACGUAGAUGUAAAUGGUAGUAGUACCUUAGAUAGUAGAUACUAAUAAACGUGACUGAUAUUUGUA